AUGUCGACGGAGCCUCCUAUCUUUUCUGGCGAUUACGACGCUAAUGUACUCUCCAACCUUCCCAUCGAUGAGUACUUCAAAACCAAUUACCCUGGAAACUGGCAUCCGAUCCAUUACGCCAAUAAUUCGGACGCAUUUGGAUAUGACGGGUUUGAACAGGGCCUCAAUAUAAUUGGAAAACAACUUCCAUCUCCCAGCGUCUAUGCUCGACGGUGGCUAGUGUAUCUGUCCACAACAGGCGGAAGCAUUCUCAAAGAACAAGCGAAAGGCCUUUUCGAAAUUAAGAUGGCGGCAGUAAAGAAUCAAACCACAUACUCGACUGUGCAGGCUAAAUUCUCAACUAAAACGUUUGCACAACCAACUUCACCACUGGAAUUAUUUCGAUUGAGAACAUCUGCUGGGCAGAAUGAUCCUAUCCAAGCCGAGACAUUGGCACCAUCAAGGUCUUCCUCUCAGUGCACUUCAACGCACCAUCAUCAUCAUCAUCAUCAGCAGCAGCAGCAGCAGCAGCAGCAUUAUCACCUGUUCACGGAUGAUUCCCGGCGAUCACUUCCACGGCGAUACGAUGUCCUUCGGCCGAAAUGGACAUUAGAAUCUGGAACGGUGGUUGAGGACGUCCUGAACGAUGCAGGAAAGGAGCUAGCAGUUUCACAUCCCAUUCAUGCCUUCAUGAUUGACAUACAAGAUCCCUUUACAAAAAAACUAUUCAAUCAAAAUGACUGGGAUGAGAUUUUGAAGGGGAUUCCCAAGACCACAGGAUACUCAGAUUCCGCCUCAGCGUUUAUGGGCAAGUUUGACGAAGUCUCAUCUCUGAAUGAUUUAAAGACACGGCUUGAUAGCAGCCCCGCACAGGACGCUGAAUGCGAGCUCAUCCACAGUUGCUUGAAAAAUUGGACUAAUAUUUACGAGAUGAACCCAUCCCCUUUCGCUUUAGAGGGGAAGCUUUCAGAAAAGUGGUGGGAAACGCAUGCGUGGGGCGUUUGUAACAACCUCUGCAAGGGGAUCCCGGGAUGUUUCAUGAUGGUUGGGGAAAUGACAGGGAAAGACUCAACAGCCCGUCGAAAUUUUAAGAUGCACGCGAAAGAGGAGACACCACAAGACUCACGGAAGAGGAUGGGCCUGCGCGCCGAUUUUAUAUGGCGUUCAAUGCUUUCCCCAGAAAAAGACUGGGCCAUCGGGGAGGCCGCCCGGGUAUGGGAUGAGUUGUCCCAAAAAUACGCAUAUGAUAGCAAUUUCAAAUUACCCCGUCAGCUUCAUGACAUCCUUGUGGCACGGUCAAUGGAGGUUGGAGGCCCCGGAAAGCUACGGGAUGUUCUAGUUUCAGGGCUUGUAUUAGGAGACCUGAUGACAAAGUACGAUAUGGCUUACAAGAUGCUUAGUCAAGAGAGACGCCUUCUUAGGCAUGACUUGGAACCAGACGUCGUCAAUAUGGAAGACUGGCUGGACCUACUUCCCUCGUCACCCUAA